CAGAAUGCAAGUGAACCAGCGUCGAUCUUUACCAAACACACAUGGCAGCUCCAACAGCUAUAUAAAGAUACAAGAACCAGAAAUCCAUUCUACUAAAGGUUCCUGAACAGUUGAGGUCAUGAAGAGAGGCAAGAGUAUUUCACACUGGAUGACCAGUGCUCUAACAAAGGGGGCUAGUAGUGCACCUGUCAGUAGCGUAACCAAGGAAACCAAGAGCAAAGCAUCCACUGGCUCUCGUAAGAGGAAGGCUCCGAACAGACCACCAGUCAAGAAGGAGGUUCAUAAUGAAGUGGAUACUUCAGACUGUGCUGGAGGGGAUGAAUUGCCCUGGGCAGCUAAGCACCAGCCCAAAACUGCUGUCGACCUAGCCGUCCACAAGAAGAAGAUAGAAGAGGUCCAACAAUGGCUGGAGUUUGCCCUCUCACCUACUGCCCACCACCCCAUAGUGCUACUCACUGGCCCUCCAGGGUGUGGGAAGACGGCUACCCUCCAAGCCCUGUCAUAUGACCUCUCAUUCUCUGUCGUUGAGUGGGUCAAUCAAGUCAAUAGUACAAAGAUAGAAGUGAGUGACGAUAUGACACUGUUCCCAGAGUCUCAGUCCCGACAGUUUCUGAUGUUCCUCACCCGAGCCAAUCGCUACCCCACCCUCCACUUAGGGGGUGGGGAUUCACCGUACACCACCAGGAAGGUCGUCCUAGUUGAGGAGUUUCCUAAUGCCUUUCUCAGAGAUCCCUGUGAAUUUCAUCGACUUAUAAAGUCCAUAUCACGCAGUCUCAUCUACCCUCUGGUGCUUAUCUCAUCAGAGACUCACCAUGGCAACUCCUCUAACAAACUAUUCCCCACAUCUCUCCUCGCUGAACUGAACAUACACACCAUCUCCUUCAACCCUGUGGCCCACACCAGCCUCGUCAAAACAUUACAGAAAAUCUCCACUUUAGAGUGUGCCGCUACUGGUCGAGGGGUCAGGGGGGCCGAGGGGGGUAAGUUUCACAUGCCCCCCAGAGAGGUGAUUGAGCGUCUGGCAGACAGCUCGGCUGGAGAUGUGAGGAGUGCUGUCAAUGCAUUGCAGUUCACUUGCCUCAGAGACUCCACUGAUCUCUUGUCUGGAGGGCCACACCCACCCAGGACUGACAAGAGGUCUGUUAAACUCUUACGACAAAGGAGCAGCUCUUCAGGGAGACUAAAGCGACAUGGCAGCACUGACUUCUCUAAACCGUUCUCUAUUGGAGGGAGGGACUGCUCACUCUUCUUGUUCAGAGCACUGGGGAAGAUACUCUACUGCAAGAGAGACACAGAGGCUGAGACCACACCCACUCUACCAGCCCGGCUGCAGCUAUGUGAAAGGUUACCCUUGCUGGUGAACCCAGAGGAGGUACUGGAACAUUGUCAGCUGAGCAGUGAGAUGUUUGCACUCUACCUACAACAGAACUACCUCGCUUUCUUUGACUCUAUGGACGACGCGACAGAAGGCAUUGCGUACCUCAGUGAUGCCGACCUACUCAGUAGAUUCUGGUCAGACUCCAAGGAGACUCGUGCAGUGCUGCAGAGCUAUGCUGGUAGUGUGAGCUGCAGGGGGCUUAUGUUCAGUAACAGGUCCACAGCCGGGGGCAAGUGGAGGCCAUUGCACAAGCCUCAAUGGAACAGUGUCAAGAAACAGUAUUUUGAGAACUGCUCAACGGCCCGAGGCCUAUUUCUACAUUUGGGGGCUUCCCCUUUUGCUCAUCUGUGGACCCCUAUUGAGCUGCAGACGGAGAUUCUUCCGUUCCUGUCUCUCGUCAACCCCCCGCUAAGAAACUCAGAUUUACUGUGCGUGUGUUGUGACGUCAUGUACCUCGUACAGGGCAAGCGUCGUUCCUACAGACUCUCUCCCACUUCAAGUCAGCCUAUCAAAGACACCACGCCGAGACACUGGGAGAGAGGGACACUGAAGGAGUUAACGAUGAAACUCCCUCGAGCUUAGACUACAAGAGCAAUGGCCGACAGAGCCGCACAUCAGGGGAUGCUCUCUCAUCUCAAGGCUCCUCCCACACACCCUCACAAGACCGGAGAGAGGACUCCGAUAUCGAGAUCGGGGAUUUUGAUGACGAUCUAGUUUGGUAGAGUGGUUUACUCUAGCUAAUUGAGACUGCUUUCUCCGUGGUUUUCUGACUCUCCUGCCCACUCAUUUCUGCAUUAUUGUUAGGUUCCUAAAUUGUAAUUAUCAUCUGCCUCUUUUCUGCGUACACAGUGACACUAUCUGCACAGUUAUCUUAUUUAAUCAUCUGAACAAUCAUUGCUUAUCAUGUUACGAAUUGUGAAUAUGAAAGAACCAAUUUGUUGAGCAACCAAACGACUUUUUGAGU